GUGCUGACGCCAUGACGCCCCGGCCGGUGUGUGUCGGUGUGUGUAUGUGUGAGUGUGCGCGCUCCGAGUGUGUGUGUAUUUGUGUAUCGGCGGUCCCGCAGGUCCCGGAUGUUGCGGACAGUAUGAAGCGAGCGCAGGGGGACAGGGACCAGCAGCUGUCGCCGCCGCUCUCAGGGUGAAGAGAGAACAGAAGUCUUUGUCCCCUGACUUUGGAGAUCUUGUUUAACCUUCAAACUGGCGAUGUCAAGGGUCCCAAGUCCUCCACCUCCGGCAGAAAUGUCGAGUGGCCCCGUAGCUGAAAGCUGGUGCUACACACAGAUCAAGGUAGUGAAAUUCUCCUACAUGUGGACCAUCAAUAACUUUAGCUUUUGCCGGGAGGAAAUGGGCGAAGUCAUUAAAAGUUCCACCUUUUCAUCAGGAGCCAAUGAUAAACUGAAAUGGUGUUUGCGAGUGAACCCAAAAGGGCUAGAUGAAGAAAGCAAAGAUUACCUGUCACUUUACCUGUUACUGGUCAGCUGUCCAAAGAGUGAAGUUCGAGCAAAGUUCAAAUUCUCCAUCCUGAAUGCCAAGGGAGAGGAAACCAAAGCUAUGGAGAGCCAGCGGGCCUACAGGUUUGUGCAAGGCAAGGACUGGGGAUUCAAAAAAUUCAUCCGCAGAGACUUUCUCUUGGAUGAGGCCAAUGGGCUUCUCCCUGAUGACAAGCUUACCCUUUUCUGUGAGGUGAGUGUGGUGCAAGAUUCCGUCAACAUUUCUGGACAGAACACGAUGAAUAUGGUGAAGGUCCCCGAGUGCCGGCUGGCCGACGAGCUGGGGGGACUGUGGGAGAACUCCCGGUUCACAGACUGCUGUCUGUGCGUCGCCGGCCAGGAGUUCCAGGCGCACAAAGCUAUCUUGGCAGCUCGUUCUCCAGUUUUUAGUGCCAUGUUUGAACAUGAAAUGGAGGAGAGCAAAAAGAAUCGGGUUGAAAUCAAUGACGUGGAGCCUGAAGUUUUUAAGGAAAUGAUGUGCUUCAUUUACACGGGGAAGGCUCCGAACCUCGACAAAAUGGCAGAUGACUUGCUGGCAGCCGCUGACAAGUAUGCCCUGGAGCGUUUGAAGGUCAUGUGUGAGGAUGCCCUGUGCAGUAACCUCUCCGUGGAGAACGCCGCAGAGAUCCUCAUCCUGGCUGACCUCCACAGCGCCGACCAGCUGAAAACUCAGGCGGUGGAUUUCAUCAACUAUCAUGCUUCGGAAGUCUUGGAAACCUCUGGGUGGAAGUCCAUGGUGGUGUCACAUCCCCACUUGGUGGCUGAAGCGUACCGCUCUCUGGCUUCGGCACAGUGCCCUUUUCUGGGACCCCCACGCAAGCGCCUGAAGCAGUCCUAAGAUCCUCCCUGUUGUAAGACUCCGUUUAUUUUCCUGAAGCAGCAGCCGCUGUUCCUGCCACUGGCCACCAGGUGGACAGCGUGUGUGUGGACCUCUGACUUGCGGGGGCACAAGACUGCGUUGUGGCCCAGACUUUUAAAGCAGCACUAAACCUUGGGGGACUGGGGGGAGGGAAGGGCCCAGGGCCUGGGGCUGUUCAACCUAAUGAAAACCCUGUCGCUGCGUCACUGUGUCGCCUUGGGCCCGGCCAAGUGUGACCCCGUGGGGGUUCGGUUUAGGCGCCGGCCCUGAGGACGGCCCAGCGGCGGCACUUGGGAGAGAGACCGUCUGCGUCUGCCUGAGCAGAGCACAUCGUCAGGUGCCUGGAGCGAAAAAGGAAGAAAAAGAAAAAAAUGACAUUUAGUUUUAAAAGAAGGGAAAAGACAAGGAAAGAAGAAAGGACUUUUGGAGAAUUUCUCAAAACUCAGUUUGUGGAUUCCAAGUAGUAUUUAUGUUGAGGGAAGUCGUCCUCCAUCCCACUGUGCGGCAGCUUGGACGUUUGUGAAAGCUCUUCAGCACCGGGCCAGUGUGAGCCACGCGCUCGCCAGCACUUACUGUUUGCAAGGGUGGAACACAUCCUUUUAUCCUCGUAUGAAAAACAACAAGCAAAAGCAAAGGGGAAGGAGGUUAUCUGAGCCGGAAGAUGAGUGUUCUGAUGUGGUGGCUUUUGCAAAAAAUCUUUAUCGGUGUUGAAAACUGGAAAAAAAAAUGCAUCCACAACUCAUACUGUCUUGACAAGAACCGUCGUUCUCGGUUUUUAGAUAUUGUGGAAAAUGUUUUUUGGCAUUUUUCUCUGAUUUUAUGUCUCCUCCUUCAUCCCCCCCUUUUCUAAAAAAAAAAAAACCACACAAAACAAAACCCGAACAAGAAGAAAAGGAGAUUGUAUUAUUAACGCUGUGUGACGGAAACCCCAGGACAGACUGCUCAGCCCUUUGCGCCCGACGUGCCCCCUGCAUAGGAGCCAGUCCCGUUCCUUCCACUCACCCCUUUGCCACGGGGGGAACUUCCAAAUGUUAAUUUUUUCUUUUUGAAAAUAUAAAUAAUUACUAUUUUGUAC